AUGGCGCUCUACCCCAAGAGCUGCGUGGACGCCACCAUGCUGGACUUUGUCGCAGACUUGGCCUCCUCGGGCCACCCUCUCCUCGGGGAUUUCGAGCCUGGCGUCUGCUUUGGGGACCGAGACCUGUCCCGGGGUGAAGGAAGAGCCGGGGUGCGGGCGGGUCUGCCGGAGGGACACCCCGAGGAAGAGGAGGAAGAGGAGGAGGAAGAGGAGGAGGGCGGAGUAGACGACGGGGAGGAGGAAGGGGAGGAGGAGGGGGAUGAAGAGGAGCCGGCGAGAGGCGCGUGUCUGCUUGGCCGCCCCAAGAGGAAGCGGGUGAUCACCUCGGCGCAGCGCCAGGCCGCCAACAUCCGCGAGAGGAAACGCAUGUUCAACCUCAACGAGGCCUUCGACGAGCUGCGCAGGAAGGUGCCCACGUUCGCCUACGAGAAGAGGCUGUCGCGGAUCGAGACCCUGCGCCUGGCCAUCGUCUACAUCUCCUUCAUGACCGAGCUCCUGGACAGCUGCCAGAAGCAGGAGAGCGGCUGA